ACGAGACCGAAGCAAAUGAAAUGGCAAUUCACCUUCCUUGCUCUUCUUUUAAAGCAGCAGCUGUGGUCACCGGAAUUUCAGCCGUUGCUGCGACGGCGGUGAAUUUCUACGCUCCCGUCAUCUCUCACUUCAUGACGUUCUACUUUCCGGUCAUCCAGGAGAACGUUGUCUUGUUCCUCAGGCCUCCGUAUCUCUACUUAGUCAUCAAUUGCAUCAUCGUCUCCAUCGUUGCUUCAGCCAGACUCUACAAAAAUCCGAAUCUCAGCGGAGAUUCUCACUCUCCGGCAGCGGAUGCGGUGGCGCCGAUCCCAAUUCUGGCGCCGUCUGAUCUUUCUGCUUAUUUAAGCGCGGGUUAUGUCGUCGGUUAUAAUGGAUCUGAGGAGAAUAACGUGCGACGUGAUGCGUCGGUUGAUCGGACUGUGGAGAUUUCCAAAAGGUUUCCGGAGGUGAUCGAUGAGAAGAUGGUGAUUGACGGCGGCGAUGAUCGGCGGGAGAUGGAGAAACUAAAACCGAGUAGUGAUUCGACCGAGGAUUUUACGCCGAAGGCGGAGAAACCUCCAGCAUCUGCGAGAUUCGGCCAGGGGAAAGCAACUAAAGCUAGUUCUGAAGGCGGAAACAAAGCGUUAGGAGUAUCGAAGCCGAGGAGGCAGGAGACGCUGGAAACGACGUGGAGGAAGAUAACGGAAGGCCGUGCGAUGCCGAUGACGAGGCACCUGAAGAAGUCGGACACGUGGGAGAAGGAGAGCUCGAGCGCGCGAGGCUCGGGGCACGACGAGAGGACGACCAAAUCGGAGAGCUUAGACGACCGGAGCGCCGCCGCGGGGAAGCGUCGGAAGGAAUCUCAGGGGAGGCUGAUGAGAGAGGCGUCGCCGGGGCAGGAGGAGCUGAACAGGAGAGUGGAGGCGUUCAUCAAGAAGUUCAACGAGGAGAUGAGGCUGCAAAGGCAGGAAUCUCUGGCCAGGUAUCAAGAAAUGGUAAACAGAGGGCCUCCUCCGUAGUUUUUUUGAAAAUUUCGGGCACUUUUUUGUUGAUCUUUUUCAUCUUACAAAACGUUGUUGCGUCUUAAUCUUCAUCUUAAAUUAAUUAAUUAGUUUUCCCCGCAGAUAUGAAACUGACCGAUUUUAUCGGAUAGUUUAGUGGAUUUAUUGGGUUGAAAUGA